AGUUACCAGGCAGUUGCGGGGGAGAAUUGACUUUGACAAAACAAACUGCUUGUUGCCUUUCUUUAGCAGAGAGGACUGGAAAAGUUUGAGCUUUUUUUCUCUUCCUCAACGCCAUCCAUUUCUAUACCAAACAUGUCAUCAGCAUCCCCUCCCUCCAGUUUAUCCCAAAUGUUUAAUCUAGUCUUCUUCUUCCUUUAUCCUCUUCUUGCACCUUAGCAGUUCAUUCUGCAGAUAAUUACCUCACAGGGGAUAUAGCUAUUAACUGUGGUUCAACUGGCAUUUCAACCGCCUUCAAUAACAAAGAAUGGACUGGAGAUAUAACAGAAUCAAAAUCUACUUCCUCACUUGUGAUAAAAGGCUCAUCCACCGCCUCAACUGCCUUCCAUAAUUUCGUUUCAACAGAUCCCAUUCCCUACAAGACAGCUCGAAUCUCUUUCCAGCAAUUCUCCUACACGUUUCAAGUUAGUCCAGGUCAGAAACUUAUUCGUCUUCACUUCAGUUUGGCUUCUUACCGACGUUACAAAAAAUUUAAGGAUUUGUUCACUGUCGAAGCUGGGGCUUUCACCCUCCUUAGAAACUUUAGUGCUUCACUAACUGCUGAUGCCCUCGGCGUGAAGUCUUUGGUUAAGGAGUAUUGCAUGAAUAUAGAACAGAAUCAACCUCUGAGUAUAAUUUUCUCUCCUGAACACAGUCAAUCUGAUAAAACUUAUGCUUUUAUAAAUGGAAUAGAGGUAUUAUCCAUGCCUAGUGAUCUUUAUUACUCUCAUGAUGAUGAUGAUCUUGGAGCCCGAGUGGUUGGCCAAAAAUCUCGAUUCUUUAUUGAUAACAGCACUGCGCUUGAAAUUAUGCAGCGAUUAAAUUUCAAAUGGGACCCUAUUCCUUAUCUUGGCAUGUUCGGGAAAUGGGCAACAGUUCCAGAUGAAAAGAUCAAAGAUUUUACCUGGAAAACGUCCGUGGAUGUUGGAUUCGGAUACUUGCUCAGGCUUCAUUUCUGCGAGAGGGGACUUCAGAUGGCAGAGACUAGAAACAGCGUAUUCAGUGUCUCCAUAAAUGACAUGAUUGCAGAAACUAAUGUUGAUAUUGGCAAAAAGAGGAGCGUCGUCAGUGGAAUCCAUUUGCACAGAGACUAUAUGGUGAUGGUGAAAGGAAACAAAGAAGAUGGCAGGCGUGAUCUAUCAAUUUCCCUGCAGUUAAAGGAUGAAUUGGUAAGUGAACUCUUCAGAGGAUUGGAGAUAUUGAAGUUGAGCAACCACGAUAAUAGUCUUGCAAGUCCAAACCCCUCCCCUCCCAGACGAUCUUCAAAAUCCGCUACACUGCUAAAUUUACUGUCAUUUUUUGGUCAUGGAAAUGCAAUUGCUACUGGUGCAGUAAUUAUAAUCUCCCUAGUCAACAUCAUUACUUAUAAGUUGCGGAAAAUUUGGGAAGAUAACUGUACUGACUCUGGAUGCAAACCAUCAGGCUUGACUGAAAAACUAUGUCGUCCUUUUUCACUUACUGAGAUCCAAUCAGCUACUGAGAACUUCAAUGAUGCACUUGUAAUUGGGAGGGGUGGAUUUGGCAAAGUAUACAGAGGAUUUAUUAGUAAGGAGCAAAAGAUUGUAGCCAUAAAACGAUUAAAAUCAAAUUCCAGGCAAGGGGCACGUGAGUUUUGGACAGAGGUCGAAACCCUUUCGAAGCUCCAACACACUAAUAUCAUUUCUUUAAUCGGAUACUGCAAUGAGUGCCAAGAAAUGAUCCUUCUCUAUGAAUAUGUCCCUAAUGGUACAUUGGCUGACAAUCUCUUUGGACUCGGUGGAGAGAGUGAUUAUCACUCCUCUCUCUCUUGGGAGCAGCGACUGAGGAUCUGCACUGGGGUAGGCCGAGGAUUAGACUACCUUCACACUGGCACUGAUCUUGGAAUCAUACACCGUGACAUAAAGGCUUCAAACAUCCUGCUAGAUGAAAAUUUGGAGUCUAAGAUUUCAGAUUUUGGGUUGGCCAAAGCUCGAAAGAGAAAUCGGGUGCAAAGCUAUGUCAGCACUAACGUUAAAGGUACAUUUGGGUAUUUUGACCCAGACUAUUUCAGAACCCGUAGGUUGACAAGGAAGAGUGACACAUAUGCCUUUGGGGUUGUGUUGUUGGAAGUAUUGUGCGGAAGACCAGCACUGGAUCGAAGAGUCAAAGAGGAUGAGCAGGGGCUCACCAUUUGGGCUCAAGAUUGCAUCAGCAAAGGAGUAAUUGAUCAGCUUGUUGCUCCAAGUCUGAGGCCCAAAUAUCACCAGAGAGCCUGAUGACAUUUCUUGAAGUUGCUAAAAGAUGCUUGCAUGAUGAACCAAAUAAACGGCCUACAAUGGCUCAAGUUGUGGUACAACUUGAGUCUGCACUGGAGCAGCUGGAAAGCUCAAAAUCUUCUGCUCCAGAGAUAGCCUGUUCUGA